UCCCUUCACACACAGAACAUUGCUGCCGAGCUCCAGUCAGCGGAUUCUAAAGCGCCACCUGACGGAACCGCCCUCACCAGUGCCAACUCGCUGCUAUGUGUAAAGGACUUGCAUCCCUGUCGACCUGCUGCUUGGAGAGGUACAGGAAGAUCCACGCCUACAUGGCUGAUGUCUGGGGAUUUGGAUUACAAGACAUGGAAGAGGGCACCGCCACCUUAUCUUUGUGCGUGUGUGUGGCCAAGGAGCUGAAAGCGAGGCUGGGGAGCAUCCUGCAAAAGCCCAACUGGAAUCUACCCAGCUGCAAAAUAGGGAAACAUAGACCAACUCUGGAGGAAUGUCUGAGGUGGAAGGAGUCCUUUGAAAAGCUCCUCUCCAGCAAAUAUGGACUGUGUGCCUUCACAGCCUUCCUGGUGUCUGAGUUCAGCGAGGAGAACAUUGCGUUCUAUUUCGCUUGCGAGGAUUACAGGAACACCAAGUCGCUGGCUAAACUACCUGCCAAAGCGCAGAAGAUCUAUGAUGAAUUCAUUGGCAGCGAGGCUCCCCGGGAGAUCAACAUUGACCACGAAACGCGUGACAUCACCAAAGCCAACAUGCUGGCGCCGUCCCCCGCGUCCUUCGACUUGGCCCAGCACAAGAUUUACAUGCUCAUGGCCAAGGACUGCUACCCCCGCUUCCUGCGCUCCCCGGCCUACCAGGACCUUGUGAGCCAGGCCAAGCCGGGCUCCAAGAUCACCAGGCAGCCGUGGCCCGAGAAGAAGGUGUGAGCGGUCCCCGUGAGCCCUCGGAGGAAUGUUAGCGAUCGCCUUAAGGGUGGAGAAGGCGAGAGAGGCUGGACGUGACGAAGCUGGACCUGCAGCGGACGCAGAGAACGUGAUGAGCCUGCAGACGGGUGGGAGAGAGCUGCAGACGCAGUCUCACCCAGGAAAAACGAAAGAACUGUGAUGGAGGAUGAGGCCUUGAAGUGGACUUUGAAUGAAACGUAGGCAGCAAUGUCCAAAAAAUGAAAGCGCAACAGACUGACAAUCAGAGAAAUGAGGAGAAGCACUUUCUGUUGCCAUUAGGCAAAACUUUUGUGGUUGUGAUGUGCAACGUCGAUCCGUGUAUUUUGUACACUGUUUGUGAACAUGCAUGUUCUUUAUACAUUUGUAUUUAUUUGUAUUUAUUUGCCAUUAAUAUAUUUGUCCAAUUUUUACCAAAAUGAAAAUAUGUGCAAUUUAAUUUAUCAUAUUAUAAUAUUUAUAUCACUGAUGUCUUUUUUUAUAUAUAAAAGAAAUAAACUAAGUUAUUUGAAAAAAAUGAAA